CUUUAACUUUGUUGCAUAGUGCCAAAGAGAUCCAUCUUAUCUUCAUAUAUUAGGCACUAGUUUAAACACACACAUGCAGUUUUGUUUUGGAACGUAGUUAAGAUCUGUCUUUGGGUCAUGUCCCAGUCCCAAAACACUGUAGUGGGGUGGACUGCAAAGUAAUUGACUUAAUGUUUUAUUUCUUUUGGCGCACAGGAUAUAUUUUUGUUGGCCAGAGUUGCACAGAGAAAAUAUGCUGAAUGUGCAUGAUACUUGCUGUGCUUAUUGAAUCAAAAUAACCGGAUAUAUGAUAUUUAUGUGGAUCCAGAUGAAACACUCAUUCUCGUUCAUCAAUAACUGAAACUUUGGGCAUUUCAAGUUUAAAGUUAUGCCGUUUGGUCUGCACACGGACAUAGAAAUGCUUAGCCUCACAUAACUGCAAGAAGCCAAACUGCAGGUGCAUUUCAAAGUAUGAAUAAAUUACAAUGCAUAUUUAUGGCAUGUAGCAGAAUGAUAAACACUAGAAUUGUGCCUAUACUUUUUAUUGUAAUUUGAAUACAUGGCACUUAUGCAGUAAUAUUUCACUUUGUACUUCAGCUUCACCAGAUCUCCUUGUGCAAGAGCCUGUUGCACAUUGCCAUUGUGAUUAGGGUCACCAAGGAUGUGGACUCUUUGCCAUUGGUUAGCUCAAGUCUAAGAUCUCAGCAUCAUAACCUUUCAAACAGAAAGACCAGAAGUGAAGAAUGUUAAUGCUCCAUGGAACUCUAGACCCUGUCCACCUUCUCAUUGGAUGAUCCAGUAGGAACUGAGGAUGGCCAAACCCGUCUACGGACUGCAGCGUAUCCUUUGGAGGACACGGCUGAUCUUCCUUUUCUUGGUUGUAGCCUAUAUCAUGGCAGGAAGCUUCAUGUUGCUACAUGGCUCUGGCCAGUCUUCAUCAAACCAGGGAGCCAUCACUUUGUCAAUACAGCCAUCCCAGCAUGUGCAAGCCAGAUCUCAAGACCGUUCUGGUAAAGGACCUAGCAAGAGGAUGGUGGAGUCUGAUGUGGGUUGGGAGGGGAAUAAGAAGAAACCGUCAGUCACCAGGACGGGUCCUAGCUGGCUUGCGUCCCGGAAUCAGGAGAUUCGACACUUCCGACAGAGGCAGUUCCACAACCUCAUAGCCAAGCAGGAGAUCAAGGUAACACCAGGUCAACCACGCAGGAACGUCAGACACAAAGGAACCUGCAUUGGAUGCUUCUUGGAUGACCCCAGAGUACCGGCCUUAGAUGGCACUGUAUUCUAUGACUUUCGAAAAAUGUCCAGCUCACUGUGUCUGGAAACUUGCUCAGAAAGCAGGUACCAGUUUGCUGGCCUGCGAUAUGGGGCUGAGUGCCACUGUGGAAACCGUGUGAGCGGCCAGAAAGUACAGGACAAGGCCUGCAGCCUGGACUGCAAAAAGGGGAAUGACACCUCCUGUGAGGGUGUAGGCCACCUCUCUGUGUACAAAGUUCACAGAGUAGCAGAGCAGGGCUACACGAAUACACAACACAGAGGAUGUUUCAAGAGUGCACCAAAUGUCAUUAGCGCAUUCCAGGCCCAUGUGAUUCAGUACAAUCUGACUGUGGAGUCCUGUGUGAAGACCUGCACGGGCAAGGCGCUUCCAGUGGCCGCACUCAGGAAGCCGGACUGCUUCUGCGGCCAUGCCUCAACACUCUUCCCUUUGCUUCGGCUUGUGGAGGAAGAGCGCUGCGCCCCCAGCGAUGACUCCAUCAAUCCAGACCAUUUCCAGGUGUACCAGAUGCCACUGCAAGACUCCAAGUGCUGGGAGAAGAGGUUCCUCCCAGAAAAGACCACUUUCCUCGUGGCCCUGUCCAGCUUCCCUGGAGCAGGUAACACCUGGUUACGUCACCUGAUCGAACUGGCCACGGGGUACUACACGGGCAGCUUCUACUUUGAUUCCACACUCUACAACAAAGGUUUCAGAGGAGAGAAACUGCACUGGAAAAGUGGUCGUACCAUCUGUAUAAAGACCCAUGAGAGCGGCCAGAGCAUCGUAGAGCAGUUUGGCUCUGCCAUCCUGCUUAUCCGGAACCCCUACCGAUGCCUGGUGGCUGAGUUCAACCGCAGGAGUGCCGGCCACCUGGGCCGGGCCCCCGAUGAACGUUGGGGGAGCGAAGAGUGGACAGAGUUUGUGGCCAGCUACGCCCCCUGGUGGGCAUCCCAUGCACUGGACUGGCUGCGUUUUGGCCGGCGGACACUAGUCGUGCACUACGAGGACCUGCAGGGGGCACCGCUCUCGCUGGUGCCUCAGCUACGUCGCAUCACUUCUUUCCUUAAUGCAAGUGUGUCCGAGGAUCGGCUGCAGUGUACUGACAGCGAUCAGGACGGCCUCUUCAAGCGGCCGGGCCCCCGGGGGCCUGCCUUCGACCCCUUCACGCCUGACAUGAAGCUGCUGAUUGAUGAGCAUAUCCGGGCUGUGGACAAAGCAUUGCGGGACAACCACCAUGCUGGUCUGCCUGAGGAGUACCUUCCCAGGUGAUAAGGGAAACCCUUCAGCUCCCCAGCUCCAGAACUGCAACAGGGUGUGAAACGCCAUCAAGUGCCUGGCUUGGAGGUGGAUCUUAGAAAGGAACAGGAGCUCCGAUGCUGUCUCGUGUCAACCCCCCACUUUAAGCACCAUGAUUGCUAUUUUAGUUAUUAUUUUGUUAUUUUCCUAUUUCCAUGUCCUGCUUCUGUUCCACCUACCAGUGCCAUAGAUAUCCACAUUUCUAGAAAAAAGGAAAAAGAAGAAGAAGAAGAAGGAGCCAGUUCUACUCCUGGACUAACCCUAACCCUAGUGGACAUUUCAGAUUAAUGGUCAUUAAAACAUUUAUUUCCUCUGAAAGUGAAAACCUUCACUAAAGGUAUUCAUUUGAAAAAGAUCAUACAUAGAGAACUAUCAGCUAAGAUGAACAUAUAAGAGCAAAGUGAGACAUGACACUACAAAAUACUGGACUGGAACCAUGGGCAAAUGGAAAGCAAGAUACAUUAAUUAACAGAUUUUCUUAAAAAUGCUGAAGAAAUAUGAAAGCAGGUGAAAAAUGUCCACAAAAGCAAAGUCAAAACUCUGCUAAUAAUAACAGUGGUAGUAAAUAUAAUGAAGGAUUGUGCACCAGAAGUAAAGCAAGUACCAUGCAAUGUGUGUGUGUGUGUGUGUGUGUGUGUGUGUGUGUGUGUGUGUGUGUGUGCAUUUGCUUACAGGAAUAGGAAACAUAUUGCCAGUCAAAUGAAAGAACAGCUCAUCAUCAGGCAGGUUUUUCAUCAUUUCCAUCACUAUGGAGACUACAGCAAAAACGAGCAAUAUGCAUGGAGAUAUGCAGAUGUGUUGCUUUUAAGUGCACAGCUGGAGAGCUCUGAACUCUGCAAUGUACCUCGGGCAGUCAUGUCGUACAGAAGCACCGGAAUGUCUCAGCCACCCACUGAUUGUCAAAGUAGAGGGGGCUCUUUCCCCCCGCGAUGAAGUAUAUUAAAAGCGUGAUGGCUAACAAAGAAAAUUAAACUGUGAAAUAAUGUGUGAGGCCAGGAAAAUGGAAACACAAGGGAUGAUGGGAAACUGCAAGCUGAAUAAUACCCGAAGCACUGGCUGUGCGUUGUCUCUGGAUGGCCCAUCCCUUUGUCUCCCAGAAGACCUUCAUUUAAAAGAAAAAACUUUCCCCAAGUUCUCCUGUGGGGGUUCUGAUUAUCGCAUACAAAUUAUGAAGAUGCAAAGCCUUGCUGUUGUACCAAAUACAAGACAAAAGGGUUCCAGAGUACAAGGAAAGUGAGGAUGGAUGAAGAAGGUCAUCAUCUCAAGAUGCGUUCUGAUCGCAGUGGCCAGUGCUCAUCCGACCAUGACCUCGUGUGACCGAGGGACCCGAGAAGACUGUUCUCUGCACACACUCCUCAAACGAACCCUUUAGACACAUCUCCACGAAUUUUUUUUGAAAACGCCCUUGUAAUUGUAAUUGCCAGUUUCCCCAAUAUUAGCAGUUCUGACUUUUCUUGGGUUUGUUUCUUUUUGGAAAGACGUUCUUUCCCUGAGAUAUGAGCAUUCGGUUUAUGGGAACGUAAUAUUACAAAUGGUUUCACUCAAUACCCCUACUUCCGUUUACAAGGCAUUUCUUCACAUUCAGUAUUUGUAUUUCGCAUUUCCCAGCAGCUGAGCGGUGCAAGAACAGAACUUCCAAGCAGUUUUCUUCUCAGUUAUAGUUUACCUCCUGCUGCAUUAAGUUCACAGCCCCCAUUAGCCCUUGUUUGCUAGUUGUACCUGUUGCAAUCUUGUAAUCUUGCCCCAUCUGGAGUCAUCAAACCAUGUCAGCUUGUUCACGGAGUGUGCAUUUAUUUCCAUUGUUUUCAAUGAUUUAUUUUGUCUUUACUGC